CGCUGCGCGACCUAGUGCGCGUAGUACUCUCGCGUUUUGAUGAGCGCAGCCAAAGGCGGACAGGAUAUAGAGUUUCGUUUGUCAACGGUCAUCGCGUUUAGACAUCCAAGACGCUUAAAAUUGCCACUCAAAACAGGCUGAUUGAUCCCGUCUCCGAAAGGCGUUUGAAAUCGGACACCGCUGGUGUUGAGGGCCUCACUCCGCGCGCGGAGGGAUACGUUGUUGCGUCUGACAAUGUGGACGGAGGAGGUGAAGAUGUCUACGAGAAGAAUGAAAUCGUCUCCUCACUUGUAACAGUGAAAAAAGGAAGCAAGACGCGAGAUUAAGCGAGUAGAAUAGAUUUGUUUGCACACACACUCGAUACACUGGAGCAAAACACGAGGAGGCAGCCACUUGAAGAGCGAGCUUCCCGGGACAAAGAAGGGGGAAAAGACGUUCCACGGCGCUCCAAUGCGUCUGGUGCGCUGAGCUCGAAAUUCUCCUCAACUUUUAUGUUUUUCCCCCCCUUCGCCGCUGUCCGCUAUUUCUUCGCCGCUCUUGGAUAGCCGACACCCGUGGAGGAGAGGGUUUGUUAGAGACGGAAGGUUAUGACCGAGCAGCAGCAAAGAAUGGCUGCAGUGGGAACUGACAAGGAACUCAGCGACCUCCUGGAUUUCAGCGCGAUGUUCGCGCCUCCCGUAGCGAACGGCAAGAACAGAACAAUGACCCUUGCCAGCAGCCAGUUCAGCGGCUCAGCACUAGAUGAGCGCAGCAGCUCUGGUUCCUGGGGUUCGGCGGAACAGAACAGCCCUUCUUUCAGCCAGGGACGGGGCUAUGGAGAAGGAUCCCACUACAGUGAACAUGAAGGCUUGGCCUCUCCUUUCAUAAGUUCGGGGAUUGCAGGUAAAAACGAGCGGCCAUCGUACUCUCCCUUUGCAAACCAGCCUGGUUUCCUUCCAAGUGAAAUUGCAAUGCCCAGCCCAGAUGCCAUGUCCCCCUCUGGCCUGAAGUCAGGGUCCCAGUUUUACCAAUCCUACCCGAACAAUCCGCGGAGGAGGCCGCCUGAUGGGGGCUUGGACUCCCAGCCAAAGAAGAUUCGGAAACCCCCUGGCCUUCCUUCCUCGGUGUAUGCUUCCACCUCUGGUGACGAAUAUGCUAGAGACAAUGGAGGUUAUCCUGGCGGUAAGCCCGGCACUGUCUACCCGGGCUCUUUCUACAUGCAAGAAGACCCUUGGUCAUCCACCGGGUACUCCGCCAUGCUGGGUAACUCCCCUCACAUUGGACCACCAGGUUCCUUCUCAUCACUCAACCCGCAAGACAGGAUGAACUAUCCACUGCAUGGCAGCGAAGUCAACGGCUUCCACACCGCCCCCACCACCUACAACCACACGCCCGCCAUCAACGGAGAGGCCAUCAUGGCAGGCAACAGAGCCACCACAGUCCAAGUCGCCAGUUCUGGAGAUGAAAUCGGCAAGGCUCUCGCCUCAAUUUAUCCGUCGGACCACAACAGUAAUAACUUCUCCUCAGCUCCAUCUACUCCAGGGUCUCCUCAGGCUAUUACAGGAGCUCAGUCUCAGUGGCAAAGACCAACCACACCCAGUUUUGAAGGGCAACCACAUGCACUGCGGAGUAAAAUGGAGGACCGUUUGGAGGAGGCCAUCCAUGUGCUGCGGAACCAUGCUGUGGGCCAGGGCCCCGGCUUAGAUGGUGCCCACCCCGACAUGCACAGCCUUCUGUCUGCAGUACACAACGGGGGCCUUGGAUCCCUCUCUCCAGCUUUCCCCAAUGCUAGCCUUGCUCUUAGCAACAGACAUCCUGCUAUGGGAGGGAAACAUGAGGAGGCCACUGGCCUUCCGCCGAGCAGCACACUUCUGCACGGUCAUCACGCGUCCGGGUCCACGCCGUCAGUUGGUCAGCCAGAAGGCUUCUCCACUCUUCCUGGCGGAAUGACGCGCUCCACACACUCCUCCAGCAGUUCGGACAUCAAAAGAGAAGACAAAGAGGAUGAUGAAAACUCAUCCAACGGAGACAAAUCCGACGACGAAAAGGAUUCCAAAGCAGCACGCAGUCGAACAAGAAAGGAGGCGUUGACCCUCCAGAUGCUCUCUAGCCUUUCAGACCCGAAAGAUGACGCCUUCACCGUGCCAUCUCCUUCCAGUCAGGACAAUGAAGACGAUGAGGACCUCCCACCCGAGGUGAAGAUGGAGCGUGAGCGGGAACGGAGAGUGGCCAACAACGCCCGUGAGCGCCUGCGAGUACGGGACAUCAACGAGGCAUUCAAGGAGCUCGGGAGGAUGUGCCAACUGCAUCUCAGCCACGACAAACCUCAGACCAAACUUCUUAUCCUGCACCAAGCCGUCAACGUCAUACUCAAUUUAGAACAACAAGUCAGAGAGCGUAACCUUAACCCUAAGGCGGCGUGUUUAAAGCGUCGCGAGGAGGAAAAGGUGUCCGGGGUGGUGGGUGAAGCGCCCAUGCAGCUCUCAGGAGGCCACCCAAGUAUUGGAGGAGAUGGCCACAAUCCAGUUGGUCACAUGUAACACCAGAUGCCGUGGUGUUUCCUUGGCUCUAAGAGGUUGUGGCCUUAACAGAUUUCUUCCACCUGUUAAGUGUGUGUGCGCGCAUAUGUGGACACGUCUGUGUAUUGUCCGUUCAAGUUUCAAGACACGCUCACACAAUUACACACACACAUUCAAACUGCCAAAAUGGACACAGCCUUUUUGUCGCACUCCCAACCAUGGCUACAAGCUCAAAUGUGAAGAACUUUUUUCUUUUUUACUUUAUAUGUGUAUAUAUAUGUAUAUAUAUAUAUAUAUAUAUAUAUAUAUAUAUAUAUGUAUAUAUAUAUAUAUAAAAUAUAUAACUUUUUGGACAUUUUGGUUUCCACAAUAUGAUUGAACACCAGAGAACUUUUUUUUUUUUUUCCAUCCUACCACAAUUUGGGACUUUUGACACACUGCCGAGAGUUGCUCUGGAAGAAGAAACACAAAUUGAAUCAUGGAUUUGUGCCUCCAUGUUACACAAUGUUUUCUAUUUGACAUUUAAGCAAAUUGCUUUACAUGUGAGGAACAUUUAUUGUGAGGGAUUGCUUAUGUGUAUGAGCAAUUAUUUUUAAUGUAUGUCAUUCCCAGUGUGAUGGUACAGUCUUACAUAUGUUAUGUAACCAAGCCCGUAGUUGAAUUGCCUAAAUUCAGUGACUUUUUUUUUUCUUUUUUUUAAUUAAAUCAGCGAUUGUUUGAGGAGGGCAUAAAAUGAAAGGUGGCCAUUUUUGGACAGUUCAGAUGCAGCGCUCUUAAGCAAGGACCGCUUGUAUCCCACAAGGCAUCUGGACACCCUGGAAUUAAGGACUCUUAAUUUCUGGAAGCAUAUGUGAAUUGUCACCACUAAAGAGUUCUUCCUCAUUUCUUUUUUGGGACAACAAAUUCAAAUGUUAAAGCUGUUGUCGUGACUUCAGGUGUCUCUACUGCUUUGCCACUAAAGCGCACACACAAGACAAAGCACAGUUGUGUAAGAUGUCCAGUUGGGUGGAAAAACAACAAAAGAAGCCAUUGUAGGCGCUCACGGAGAGGCAGGCGCUUUGAAAUGGCUCACCGACAAUGCCAGCAGACUUGAGGGCUAUGAUUUAUUUGCCCCCUGAACUGAUACUCUGGAAAAGGAAAAAAUGCAUUUUUAUUAUUUUUUUUUAAUUAUUUUUUUCCAUGGAGGGAACUUUUGGUCUGACAACCUUUUUGGCGUCACGGCGGCUUUCUUUUCCAGAAACAAGCAUUCCCACUGAAAUAGCGCCCCUCGCCUUCCUCCUCCUCAUCAUCCUCUUAGCGAGACAAGUGUGACGUGUACAUUCACUCCAUACGUUACUCUUGAUGCGUUUCAUUUUUCAAAAAUUUAAAUAUAUAUAAAAAUAUAUAUUUUUUGUUAGCCUAUACAUUGUAGAUUUUUUUACAUAAAUGGCAAUAUUAGUUUGAAGUUUAGAGUGUAUUGUAGAUGAACUUUACAAGGGGAUGUUGGACGUGAUGACAAAUUGAAGCAGGGCGGCAGUGAAAAGGUUGUUGAAGGUUUUUAAAUUCCUGUUUGAGUUGAAGGCUACUCGGAUGAAUUUUCUUUACCUGUUUUGGGGGGCACUGAGUAUAAAUAUGGAGUCGGUGUGGGUGAACAGUAAUUAUGCAACUGGUUCUUUGAAUGUAGCCACCAUACUUAAUGUGGAUCGCCUUCAUGUGUCAAUUAAUUUUGUUUUUCAUUUCACCCUUUCUUCCCCCACCCCUCAACACGUUUGUUGGAAGUAGACGUGGGCUAUUUUGGCACGAGGCGAUGGCUAAUGAGGAGAACAAAUCAGUGUUAUUGUGAUGUAAUUCCCAUGUCAUGUUGUCAAUUUCUCCUACCAACAUGUAAUCACAGAUGGCAGGGAGAGCGUUUUGUGUGUAUUUCGUUUUGUUUUUUUUGUACAAGUGAUGAAGAAAAAGAAGACCUAUACAAAUCAGCAGUGUGGCCUUUUCAUCCUCAAGACGUAACGAUGUCAUAAAGGGAGAGUGAUACCUUAUCAGUGCCUGAACUUGUAUUUUUCAUUUGUUUUGUCAACCAUAUCAUUUCAUUUAUCAUGGAGAUUAAAAGAGGUACUUGUUCAUUCCCCCACCCUCCCUUCUCCUAACUGCUUUUUUUCAAUAUUUCAGGAAGAAGUUUAAAAUCGUAUGAGAUUUUUCUUUCACUGUAUCUAGUUAAAAUAAAAAUAAAAUAAAUGUUACAUAGA